AUGCCUACGUCCAAUUCUAAUUCUGUGUCCGAAGAAGAAUGCGAUUUGCGACAGUGUGCAGAGUGGUUGAACCGGUGUCGUAUCAUUCCAGAUGAUCACCCUACUUUGAUGCCUGACGGGUGCGGUCUGCAGCUAGUUCAGACUCUUAUGGAUGGUGUCAAACUUUGCAAUCUUUUAAGCACUUUAACGAACGGCGAAGUGGAUCCAAGGAAAAUGAAGGACUUUAGUCCACAGACACAGCAGUCGCCGUUUUUAUGUUUCAAAAAUAUCCGCUUAUUUGUGAAACUGUGCGAAGACGAGUUUGGAAUUGAUAAAAAUUUCCUCAUUGAACCAGGGGAUUUGUAUCAUGCAAAAAACUUUGGAAAAGUCAUCGAGCUUUUAUCACGGCUGUCUCGUUGCAGUCGCGCUCAGCUCUCAGGAAUACCGGAAGACAUGCACGUCACUGCAGAAUCUAACUAUGCUGAUAUGGAAGAGGAGACUAAUGAAAUCGUUUAUGAUACGAUAGUUCAUGGUGGAAAAGGCUCCACGACGAAAUAUAAGUGGCCGUUGUCAAAGUGGCUUUCAUCACAGGAAUUGGAAGAGAUUUUCAAGUAUAUUGAGGAGCUUCAUUGCAUUCAUCGUGAACUCCUAUCGAAUUUGAGCCUGGCUGUUAGCACGACAUUGGCGGUGGUAACGCUUGGCGAGGUCUUCAUAAAGAUUCGCGACCGACUGUUGAUUUACGGUGGCUACUGCGGUCAUGUGCAAAAAGCUCAGACACUCGUCUUGGAGAUAACCAAAAAUGAUGUUGAAAAGCGAAACAAAAUUCAGGAAUGUCAAGCUCAGUCAGACAACUAUAGUAAAUUUCAUCUCACAGAGCUCUUGACUGUUCCGAUGCAAAGAGUUUUGAAGUAUCAUCUCCUGCUUGAACAACUCUGUAGGUUAACAGAUGAUGAUCAUCCUGAAAAGCCCGAGUUGUUGACAGCUUUGGAUGGUAUGCGAGAGCUUGCGCAAACGAUCAACGAAGUGAAACGUGACUUGGACACCAUUAGUGCCAUUGAUCAAAUUCAAGCGAGGUAUGCCCAUAUUCUCACGAGUUCGAAUGCUCUUCUUCUUUGUUGA